CAUUAGGAAACUGGGCGCAACCAAGGGAGCGAGAGUGAGUGCAGGGCAAAGAGUGAGGGAGGAGAGAGAGAGAGAGAGAGAGAAGGAAGGAAGGAAGGAAAAAAUUGCAUACAGUCUAGGUUAGCAUUCAGGAGAUUUUUGGGCACUGAAUACACUGGGAGUAUUUCUUUCUUUCUCUUUCUUUCUUCCCCAUAUUUCUCUCAUUGCAAGCACCAGUUACAGACUCUACUCUUACCCUCCAGCUCCUCUCCUCCGCCAUGACCCGCCCCGCCACCAUCUCACUUGGACUUCUGCUCCUCCUCAUUGGCUACACAGCAGCAGGACCUGAGUCUGAGCUCCAACCCAGAGCUGUCCGGUCGAGUGCCUGUCAGGGCCACAGUACUCUUCAUGACAGACUGGAUGUAGUGGAGAAGCAUGUAGAGGACACAGUCCAGAAGCUGGAGGCUGAGCUGGCUGGGAUACUAGAAGCCAUAGAGGCCCCUGAGUGGAGCCCCCUGCUGGAAACUGCUGGAAAACCUGUGGUGGACAUCCUGGAUGGCCAGGGACUGGGAGAAGGUGGGGACUCCUGAGAGAGGAGAGCAGAGAUCUCUGUUGAGGGGCUAUGUUACUUCACUCUGCCCUGAUGAGAGUGCACCUGGCAAGGACAGACAAUGAAAGACACUUUAAUGUACAACCUUUGUUUUUCUGGAGUUGGAAGUGUACACAAACUGUAUAAAACAAGCCCUUUAAUGAGUAAACACAGGCUUAGUAUGUAUUCUGUGCAACAGUUGAUAGAUCACGACACUAAUGCUUACUUGUCUGCAUAAUACACUCCUCUAAUCCUCA